AUGUAGAGUAGAUGUUAAUAUAAAAUAUAAUAAUAAAAGGGUUAUGAAUCAUCAAAAAUGCACACUCAACGAGUGUAAAAAUGUAUAUAUAUCUUCUUAAUCAUUAAAUAUAUUGGUAUAUAAUAAUCAACUUUUACUACUAACAAGAAGCAGAUAAAUCCUUUAUUGACUUAAAUUUAUUUAUGUAUAUGUUCUGCAUACAAUGAAUGUGUAUUCCUUGAUGAUUUGAUAGAGUUUAUCAUUAACAAUACUUCCAAAUUCUUUAUUUAUUUUUUAUUUAUUUAUUUAGUUAGUUAUUAUGGUUUCUUUUUCUUUGGUGUGCUUGCUUCCCCACAUUAUUUUGCUUUCUAUUUCUUUACUUUUUAAUAAAUCUAUAGAAAGUAUCUAAAACAAUUAAAAACGCACACUUUAAUCUAUUUUAAAAUUUACAAACUAAAUCUACGUACGAUUGAGUACAAUUAUUUGAAUCAAUCUUUGCAAAUAAAUUAAUAAAUAAAUUAUUAUGUAGAGAUUAUUUAAUUAAAUUCAGAUUUUUUAUUAUUUGUUAAUAAAUUUUUCAAAAGCAAAUUCAUUUUUUAAUUAAUUAAUUAAUUAAUUAAUUAAUUAUUAAUUUAAACUAAAACCCUUGAGCGGAGUGAGUUGCGCAUUAGUAUUUUUUUUAUUGAGAAUUAUUUAAAAGUGUUAAAUAAUUAAGCGAAAUUACAAUGA